AUGCACCGCGCUCUGCGCUCCUUGCCAGCCCUCUUGGCCCGCCAUCCUCCUCCGCUAGUCAUUGAAGCUCGGGAUGCACGUCUACCGCUCAGCAGCAUCAACCCGGCUUUUGAGAACAUCAUGCGGGACACCUUUGGCGACACUCCGGGAUAUGAGUGGCAGAAGAGACGUCUCGUCGUGUACACCAAGCGGGAUCUGAUUGAUCGCCGGCUUGAGGAGCCUCUCAAGGAAGCUUUCGCCGAGGAGACGCCGCGAGGCGCAGAGCAGGACGAGGUCCUCUUCGUUGACACCAGGGCGGAUGGAGAUAUACGACAAGUGCUCAAGUGGGUUCACCGGCAGGCAGCAGAGCUAGCCAACCAUCCACCUCCCAAGGUCACAAUGACGAGGGACCUGGCCAAGACGCAGCGCACGCUGAGCGGGGCUUUCAGGCAUACACCAACGCCAGAAGUGGGGGUGAGGCUAGUCAUCCUGGGUAUGCCGAAUGUUGGGAAGAGCAGUCUGCUCAAUGCGCUUAGAAGGGUCGGCGCUGGCAAAGGCAAAGCUGCCUCGACAGCUCCACAGCCGGGCCACACCCGCAAGCUUACAGGUACUGUCCGCAUCACCAAAGAUGUUGCCAACAAGUCGAAUUACUUUCAGCUCGACAAGGGCGAAGAAGGAGACGAAGAGGGCGGUAGGACUGGAGCCAAGUAUCCACCAAUCUACGUCUACGAUACCCCAGGGGUCAUGGUCCCUUAUCUCGGCCGAGGGAGAGAGGGUGCAGAGAAGGGAGUGAAGCUUGCCGUUGCUGCCGGGAUGAAGUCUUCACUCUUCGACACACAGGGGCUGGCAGACUACCUCUUGUACAGGUUGAAUCUCAAGUACACCUGGCAGAGGGACCGCUGGCUGCGCGAACAGCGUGAUGCAGACGGCACCUCGCUUCCGCCCCAGCCCAUCUAUCUCACCCAUCUACCUAUGCCAUCUACCUCGAAUGUCUCCUUGAGUGAGGAAGACGUUCCUCGGCCUACCAAUUCGAUCCUAUCGCUGCUGCGCUGGGCCUCCAUCAAAGCUCCGGGGACCCUCCUCAAAGGAGGUGAGCGAGAUCUCGACGGCUGUGCCGAAUUUGUCCUCACACGGUGGAGGGAGGGUAAGCUAGGCGAUCGAGCAGGCGAGCUGGACCUAGGCGUCGAGGAAGCCGCCGAGGGUCUGACCCCUGGGGAGGAAGAGGAAACAAUACGCCAGCGAGUGCGAAGGGUCGUCGGCGAGUACUUUGCAGCUAGACGUAGAAGAGGUGUCGAGGAAGAGGAGAUGAUCCCGACACGGCCUCCGCCUGAAGAGGAAGAAGUGAUGGAUGCAGAGGGCGUGACGGUCGCUACGGAGGACCGGUCGGUCCGCUCAUCUUCCGAAGCCCGCAAUACCAGGACAGCCGCCAGAUCCUCCUCCGUCUCCCCUCCCUCGCGCGGCGAGGAGGUCUCCACGAAUCAAACCCGCAAGACGGCCAAGACGCAAGCCUUGAAGCAGCAACGAGAUCGACUUCGCGAAAAGGGUGUCCUCUUGGAUCGAAAAGCAUCGCUCAACUCCGUCGAAGGUCGAUUGAGGAGGGCUAGGGAGGAGCAUAAGCGCUGGUUGAUCCGAGAGGGAAAGCUCAAAGUGGGGAAGGGAGCACGGGCGGCUUUGCUCAAGAGUGCUAGGAAAAAGGGUGCUGGGAGCGAGGGUGGUGGUGGGAAGAGAAAGUGA